UAUAAGACCUUCCGAAGAUGCCUCAGAUCGGUCGCUCGUGGACUUGCGCUUUUCAAGACGUCGCGUAACUUCUGCUCCAGCUCUCACGCUUGCCAGCAGCAAUUUCACUGUCACAACCAAACACAUCUGGCGGAUUUUUUUCUUGCUUGCUGCUUCGUCAUGCGCGUCGGUCAGCGCGGAAUUCAGCACAUGAACUUUGCCAGCAAAGAGCGCCAGAACGCAGAGGAUGCCCGGCGCAACGGCUGCUGAGCGCACCUGUCCGGGAGUGACUCCACGUCAAGUUGUGAGCAUGAGAAAAAGAGAGAAAACUGGAUUUUCACCGUGUUAAGGUCGCCAAACAAGUAGCAGGUACUUUGGGCAUGGACAAUGGAUACCUUGAGUUUGUCAGUGAACGCGGUGUCUUACACCGUGGCGGCUGAGAUCCCCACCACAGAUGAUCCGUUCAGCGGACCCAUCAAGAACAUCGCCCCGUGGAACUUUACUGUCCUGGCCGUUCUCAUGUUUGUAGUCACCUCGCUGUCUCUGACCGAAAAUUUCCUGGUCAUGUUUGUCACUUUCAAAUUCAAACAGCUCAGACAGCCCCUGAAUUAUAUCAUAGUUAACCUGGCCAUUGCCGACUUUCUUGUCUCCCUCACCGGUGGACUAAUAAGUUUCCUGACAAACGCCCGGGGGUAUUUCUUCCUCGGAAAGUGGGCUUGUGUCUUGGAAGGGUUUGCAGUUACUUUUUUCGGGAUCGUGGCCUUGUGGUCUUUGGCCGUUUUGUCUUUUGAGCGGUUCUUCGUGAUCUGCCGGCCACUGGGCAACAUCCGACUGCAAGCCAAGCAUGCGAUCCUGGGUCUGCUGUUCGUGUGGACCUUCUCCUUCAUCUGGACCUUCCCUCCGGUGCUGGGCUGGAACAGAUACACAGUGAGCAAGAUCGGAACCACCUGUGAGCCUGAUUGGUAUUCAACCAACAUGACAGCUCACAGCUACAUCAUCACUUUCUUCACCACCUGUUUCAUUUUGCCUCUUGGAGUGAUAUUCUACUGCUAUGGGAGGCUCCUCCGCAAGCUCAGAAAGGUAUCUCACGGGCGUUUAGCAACUGCCAGAAAGCCCGAACGGCAAGUAACUCGUAUGGUGGUAGUGAUGAUUGUGGCAUUUAUGGUGGGCUGGACACCAUACGCAGCUUUCUCCAUACUGGUUACAGCUCAUCCAACCAUAGAACUUGAUCCCAGGCUGGCUUCCAUCCCAGCCUUCUUCUCUAAGACAGCUGCUGUCUACAACCCAAUCAUCUACGUCUUUAUGAACAAACAGUUCAGAAAGUGCCUAAUCCAGCACUUCACCGGCGUGGGGACCAUCCCAGAGAGCAACUUGAAUCAGACCACAGACCGACUUGGAAUUACUGCUGAGAGCCACACAGGAGAAAUGUCAGCCAUUGCAGCCCGCAUUCCCGUUGGCGGCCCUACUUCACCCAGAUCUGAUGAUUCUCCAACCGACUGUGGCUCAUUUGCCCAGCUUCCCAUCCCCGAAAACAAAGUGUGUCCACUGUAACUUUAAACCACUUCCCAAUAGGUGUUCUUUAUCCCCCAAGAGUGAAUAUUAACCUUCAGUCAUCUAGCUACUGUGUCUUUCAGAAUCUCUGGACAUCAGAGGAAGUUGAAAUGUUUUUUUUAUUUCUUGGGGAGAGGGAGGGUGAACUGUGAACUUUUGAAGGAUUUAUGUUGUUUCUGGAACUCUGGAAAUUUUUUUUGCACUCCACCGUGUUACUGCAUGUUGUUUAUUGUUUGGUUGAAAAAGGACAAUAAAGGCAGAAAGAACUGCAGAGACAGAAAUACCUACAGCUUUUCCCCGUAAUUAUCUUGUAAAUAUUGACUCGCUGGACACUCAUCUGUCCUGUUAUUCAAGAAUGUCUCUGUUCUCCUGACUAUCAAGGUAGUGUUAUAACAUCAGAGGACUCUUGAUUCAACUUGAUAGCAUUUGCAAUCAAAUCUCAAUGAAAAAAUGGUCUGCAAAAAGCUCAAACCUUGACAUCAGUAAGAUGAGGACUAGCCGGUAUUUUUCAAAUACCACAAUGCAUUCAGGCUUUCAUCUUGUCCUUGUCUUCUUCUUUGAAGCCCCAUGAUGGCGCCUACAGAGAAAGCAUUGUUGUUCUAUGCUGUUUCAGUAUUUGCUUAGGCAGCGAACUUUAUUCAUCUUUGUGUGUCAAAAGCAUGGAGCUAGUCUUUGAAUUUGGAUAUUUUUACUUUCCUCCAUAGACUAGUUUGGGUCAAAGCUUUUAUCUUUAGUGAAGAUGGUCCAGUUGACUUAGAGAUGCCAGUCUUAUGUUGCUUCUGUUGCAGAUAUAGGACAACAUAUUUAUGAAGUGCCAGCAGGGGAUCAACAAACACACAAACAUUCACACAGCUACAUGCAGCACAUAUGCAUACCACACACACAUACACACACACACACACACACCUGUAGAUAAGUAUACCUAUAGCAGUUCACUGCUUGUUUUAUAAUAAGCUCUAUAGUCACUGUGACAUUAAUACAAUGCAUCAACAUAUAUCAAUAGCACAACAGUGGCUUUGCCAAUUAGCCAUUUACAAAAGCAAUGUUCCAUUAUAACUGCAAGUCAACAGCAAUGUUAGCCAACAGUGUCCCACAUCUUGGCACUUCCACAUUAGCUACAGUAGGUGUAGCGGUAAAUGUUAAAUCGUCUGCUUUGUGGUGCAUGUUUAUUCAUUAUUAUUGCAUAUUUGUCAAAGCAAUGUCAAAUACUGCAUAGUGAUUUCUGUGUUAAAAAUCGUAAAGUAU